AUGAAUAAACGAGCACGUUAUACAAAAGAUCAUGAAAUGCCCAAAGAUGUAACCAUUUUAUAUGAUUGUUUUAUGAAUAAACAAUUUGUAAGACAAACCACACAACUGAUGAUUUUGAACGAGAAUGAAGAACAAAAGAACUUUGAUAAAGAUCAAUUUAUUAUGUUUAAAGGUCUAUUUCGUAAUUUUGGGUCGGCAUUUUUUGAUAAUUUCAUGGAACAAUUGAACGAACUCCUUCAUGAAAAGAUCACAAAAAAACAAGAAGGUAGUCAUCGAGUAGCUGCACAAAUUGUAGCAGGAAUGAUUUGUGGUUCAAAAAAUUGGACAUUAGAAAUGUUAAAUGAACUAUGGAAAAAACUCACCCCUUUACUUACCGAAGUUUGUAAUAAUCUUAAUUCCGAAGUGUUAUCGCAUUGGAAUGCAUGUUUCUUUUAUAUCAUCAUAAAUAAAGAUCCACGUCGAAUGUUUCGCGUAAUUCAUUUUCUGUGCACACUGAUCAAUGCAAAAUCAACAUCGAAUACAUUUAAUGAAUCAGCACGUUGGUGCUUAAUUCGAAAUUUAGACAAAUUUCACUGGCGUAUACCAUCUGUUUGGUGUGAAGUAUAUAAACACAUUGCAGAAUUACUCGAUCAUUCAUCUCUAAGCGUUCGUACUCGGAUUGCUUAUGUAUUAGCGUUGUCAAUGAGCCAUGAUGUCACAUUGCUCGAUGGUCAAUCGACACGUCAACCAAAUAUUAAUGUAUUUCUCGACACUAUAUCUGAACGAUUGAAUCAAGCUAUCGAAAUUUGUGAAAGAUUACCAAUAAAUUUGAUAUCAGAUCAGAUUCUUGAGACUGAUCUCGAAACUCAAAAAGCUUUCAAUUUUAUUGAAACAGUGGUUCUGACGAAUUCCGAUAUAUUUUACUAUUCUCAACAACCGAUCAAAAAUGGAAUUAUUCGUCUUUUUCCUUUCCUUUGUGAAAUCAAGAGUGUUGCGGGAUGUGAUGAAAACUUUAAAACACGUUUGACAGCAAGUCGACAAUGUGUUGGGAUCAGUUAUUUAAAUCUUUCCUUUUUAAAUACAUUCGUUCAACAACUGUCACAAAUUUGUGUAAGUACUAAAUGGCAUGCAAGUCGAGCGGCUAUUGAAUUUGUUCAAACCAUGAUUUUUUGUAAUCUAUUCAAUGCACGUCCUUAUGCGAAACAAGUACAUGAACUUAUUCUCAAGUGUCUCUCUGAUGAACACUUCGAAGUGCGAAUAGCUGCACGAAGUACUUUAUCUGAUUUAUAUCAAUGUGGCUACAUUCAAAUAACAUCGAAAGAACUAAACAAUUUUGGUUUGAUGAGCAAAACGAAUUAUUUUACGAAGAUCGACGGCAAGAAAGUAAUCCUAUCGAAUAAUAUGAUCAAACGUCAUGCUGGUGUUUUGGGACUUUGUGCCAUCGUUCUUUCCAGUCCAUAUGAUAUUCCAGCUCACGUACCAGAUGCAUUGAUGCUUCUCUGUAAACAUUUAGACGAUCCUGAUCUAAUUCAAAAAUCGAUCAAACAAUGUUUAUCAGAAUUUCGUCGCACACAUCACGACUCAUGGCAUGAACAUCGAGAACGAUUUACUCAAGAUCAAUUGACAAUUUUAGCUGAUGCACUAGUUUCUCACAAUUAUUAUAUUUGA